UGUGGGUCAUUUGCGUUUAGUUGGACGCGUGCGCACUAGCAUACCGGCGACGGCUGUUCAAACGGUGGCCUAGCGAAUAAGGGGAUUACGGAGCCCAAUCUGACAGGCUGCACAAUGAGUCAGGGUAAGGACAAUGCACGUCUCAAAAGCUACAAGAAUAAGUCUCUCAACACAGAUGAGAUGAGAAGGAGGAGGGAAGAGGAAGGCCUGCAGCUCCGUAAACAGAAGAAGGAUGAGCAACUUUUUAAGAGAAGAAAUGUUGCCACUGUGGAGGAUGAUGGCAUCCUGGAUGAGGAUGGGAUGGCUGAUAGCGGCUAUCUGGAGUCCCAGGCCAACAACAUGGACCCACUCAUGGGUGGGGUGAUCUCUGAAGACAUGAUUCAAAUGAUUUUCUCCAGCUCUCCUGAGCAGCAGCUAAUAGGUACUCAGCGCUUUAGGAAACUACUUUCUAAAGAACCCAACCCACCUAUUGAUGAAGUCAUUGCCACUCAAGGGGUGGUGGAGCGCUUUGUUGAGUUCCUGAAAAGAAGAGAAAACUGCACAUUGCAGUUUGAGGCUGCGUGGGUAUUGACCAACAUUGCUUCAGGUACGUCUCACCAGACACGGGUGGUCAUCCAGGCAGGAGCUGUGCCUAUAUUCAUAGAGAUGCUCAGCUCGGAUUUUGAGGACGUACAGGAACAGGCGGUGUGGGCCUUGGGAAACAUAGCAGGAGACAGCACAGAAUGCAGAGACUUUGUCAUAGACUGCAACAUACUGCCCUCACUGGUGCAGUUAUUGGCCAAACAGAAUCGUCUAACAAUGAUGAGGAACGCAGUGUGGGCGCUCUCAAACCUGUGCAGAGGAAAGAACCCACCUCCAGAUUUCACUAAGGUGUCUCCGUGUCUCAGCGUGCUGUCUUGGCUGCUGUUUGUAAAUGAUACGGACAUCCUAGCUGACGCAUGCUGGGCGCUCUCCUACCUAUCAGAUGGCCCAAAUGACAAAAUCCAGGCUGUUAUUGACUCGGGAGUCUGUCGCAGGCUCGUCGAACUGCUGAUACACGUGGAUUAUAAGGUGGUCUCUCCUGCACUGCGGGCUGUUGGAAACAUAGUCACUGGAGAUGAUUUACAGACACAGGUGAUUCUGAACUGUUCAGCACUGCAGUCUCUACUUCAGCUUCUGAGCAGUCCCAAGGAGUCUAUCAAGAAGGAAGCGUGUUGGACAAUCUCCAACAUCACCGCAGGGAACAGAGCACAAAUACAGAUGGUGAUAGAUGCAGGUCUGCUGCCUCCGCUCAUCAAUAUCCUGCAAGUAGCAGAGUUUCGCACAAGGAAGGAGGCAGCGUGGGCCAUUACCAAUGCCACCUCAGGGGGUUCUGCAGAGCAAAUCAGGCACUUAGUGGAACUUGGGUGUAUAAAACCUCUGUGUGACUUGCUCACACUCAUGGACUCCAAAAUAGUUCAGGUGGCUCUAAAUGGCCUGGAGAACAUCCUGCGACUGGGAGAAUUGGAGGCCAAGAGGGGAGGAGGCAUCAACCCCUACUGUGCACUCAUUGAGGAAGCCUAUGGUCUGGACAAACUGGAGUUCCUGCAGAGCCAUGAGAACCAGGAAAUCUACCAGAAAGCCUUUGACCUGAUUGAGCGCUACUUCAACACUGAAGAUGAGGAUCCAUCUUUGGCUCCAGCCGUCGACCUGCAGCAGCAGCAGUUCCUCUUCCAGCAGUGCGAGGCCCCGAUGGAGGGCUUCCAGCUAUAAUGCUAAUUCCUCCCUUUUCCCAGAGCUCCACGUUCAUCCUCACCUUUGCUCCCGUCUCACUCUAUCCCUACAGCCAUGAUCCAGGGUGACAUACCUCGGCCUCCCCCUCCCGUUCCCCUUCUCAUUGUCUGAGAGGUUUAAUCAUCAUCAUGAUUAUUAAAAGCAUACCAUUAAAGGGGCACACUCUGUUCAUGCAUCCAGCACGGGUGAAUUCUGCAGUCUUGUCAGCCAGUUCAAGGUUUCACUCAUUCUGUCUUUUGCUGAAUCAAUUUUUUCCCUCAGCACCUGGACCUCUCCUGUGUGGUUAAGCCCCAACCUUUCCAGCUAUAAACUUUUCCUAUAACUCCAUCCCCACAUUAUUGCUAUUUUUUUUUUUUUU